GGGGUCGCUGCGGAGCGCGGGGGCGGCCGGAGGGCGCUGGGGCUGUCCCGGCCUGCCCCACCGCCCAGCCCCGCCGUGAUGCUGCUCGCCGGCUCGCCGUGCAGCCCCGCGGGGCUGGAGGAGCACCGGGGCUGCUGGGCCCGGCGGGGCGGCCAGGAAAGAGGAAUCGAGGCUGCCCGGGAGCUGGCGAGGGGCCCCAGCACCUUCAUUCCCUUGGGAGAGAUCCCGCAGGAAGGCGGGGAGAGCAGCCUGCACCAGCUCCUCGAGGCCUUCGUCCCAGCAGGCAGGGUGGACCAUGUCGCCAUGGUCAUGGGGCUGCACCCCCAGUACCUCCGCAGCUUCUGGAAGACCCAGUGCCUGCUGCUGCGCAUGGACGGGCCCCUGCCCUACCACAAGCGCCACUACAUCGCCAUCAUGGCAGCAGCCCGGCACCGGUGCUCCUACCUGGUGGGGUUGCACAUGGGGGAGUUCCUGCAGGUGGGGGGCAACCCUGCAUGGCUGCAGGGGCUGCACUGUGCCCCCCAAAAACUCCGGAACCUCAAUGAGAUCAACAAGCUGCUGGCACACCGGCCCUGGCUCGUCACCAAGGAGCACAUCGAGCCCUGCUGUGUGUCACAGGCUCUGCUGAGGCCGGGGCAGGACAGCUGGUCGCUGGCAGAGCUGGUGCAGGCGCUGGUGCUCCUCACCCACUACCACUCGCUGGCAUCCUUUGUCUUCGGCUGCGGCAUCAAACCCAAGGAGGAGCAGGACGUGGGGAGCAGCUGCUGGGCGCCCUCACCCCACAGCAACAGCAGCCCUGCCUCUGGGGACAGCAUGGGGGGCUCUGGGGGCGCAGAUGCCAUGCAGGAGGUGGAGGUGCUGAUGGAGAGGAUGAAGCUGCUGCAGGAAAACCAGCUGGAGGAGGAAGGAGUCACACAGGAGGAGAUGGAGACGCGCUUCGAGCUUGAGAAGACAGAGAGUUUGCUGGUCCCUUCCUCAGAUAUUUUGGAUCCCUCCCUGCAGUCCAACAUCCGCUGCUUCCUGGAGGACCCUGAAUUUGGAUACAAGGACUUCACACGGAGGGGGGAGCAGGCCCCCCCCACUUUCCGUGCACAGGAUUACACCUGGGAGGACCAUGGCUACUCGCUGAUCAACCGCCUGUACCCAGACGUGGGGCAGCUCCUGGAUGAGAAGUUCCAGGUGGUUUACAACCUGACCUACAACACCAUUGCCAUGCACUGCGGCGUGGACACCUCCGUGCUGCGCCGAGCCAUCUGGAACUACGUCCACUGCGUCUUCGGCAUCCGCUAUGAUGACUACGACUACGGGGAGGUGAACCAGCUCCUGGAGCGCAACUUAAAGGUCUACAUCAAGACAGUGGCCUGCUACCCAGAGAGGACAACCAAGCAGAUCUAUGCACAGUUCUGGAGGCACUUCAAGCACUCGGAGAAGGUGCACAUCAACCUGCUCCUGCUGGAGGCACGCAUGCAGGCGGCUCUGCUCUAUGCCCUCAGGGCUGUCACCCGCUACAUGACCUGACCUGAGCUGCUCUGCUCUGCUCUGCUCCUGCUCCUGCUCCUGCCCUGGCUGUGCAGGAAAGACCAGGGGCAGCUGGAACCCUGGAAAUUCAGCUGGAGUAUUGUCUCCCUGCUUCACGGGCUUAGAGCUGUGGAACUAAGGUGGGAGCUUCCCUGCGCUUCCUCCCAGGAGAGGCCAGCCCCCAGGAAGCUGCUGGUGCUGGGAAGACCCCCGAGCUGCCCUGGGCUUGACAGAGCUGCAAGGGCUCUGCUGCUCCAUGCCUUUUUGGGGUUGGCCUGAGUGAAGCCAGACUGGGAUGUCUGUGGCUGCAGUGCUGGUGUCACACACCCCUGUGAUGUGUCCUGGCACCAAGGCUGCCACUGAAGAAGACUGUCCCCCUACCAGAGAUGGCCAGAGGAUAUCGUGGGCUUCAUCCCUGCUUUCUGGGUCCUGCUGUGCUGGGAGACAUAGCUGCUGGUGGGGGUGCUGCCCAGGCACCCCCUCCCCACCUUUCUGCCUCAUGCCCUGCAGUUUGGGGUGUGAAGUGCCUUUAACCUAAGUGCCAGGGCAGGAGCAGGGAAAGGAUAGGAAUACCUGAGUGUGUUUUACACCUUUUUGCAUUGUUGUCCAACCACUGGCACAUCUCCACUGCCUCAGCUUCAGGGGCUAAGGUGGGGAGCCGUGCUGGGGCAUGAGGCUCCCUCAGCCCCUCUCCUGCUGUGAGGGUGGCAGGGUGGGAUGGGCUGGCCAUGGCUUCAUCCAGAUAUGCCAGAGCAUUCCCAGCAGCACAUGAAGCUGCCUCCUGGGGAGCAGGAUCCAGGGCCAGCAGCAUCGCCACCCUUGGUUUGGCUUUUGAAUGAUAGCUCCAGUUAAGUUAUUUCUUUUUUUUUUUUUUUUUGAUGUAUUAACUCCUGACUAGGCAUGAGAAUGCCUCUGUAACUUUGCUAUUUAAUCUUGUUUGAAAAAAAAUAAAAUUAUUAUUUUUUAA